AUGGCUACUUCAGUAACUGACUCUGUGUCGGCCACACCUUCUGUAUUAUCUGAAGCGCCUUCUGCUACACUUCUUCCUGUGCCUACUGCUGCUCCAAACUCUACCAGAUUACAAAAUUAUUUAGAACAUAGUAGUGCAUCGCUUCAGCUUCUCUCAGCUUCUAACGCGAAGCAUAAACUGACUGGGACAGCUCAAAAACAAAUUUCUGAUACAAUCAUUAUUGGACAACGCUCCAUAGUAGAGUUGGAGCUGGAAUUAGCAGAGCGAGAUCAAAUUAUUGCUAAUCUCAAGGGACAAAACGAUUCUCUUAAUAAGAUCAUUUCUUUAUUGGAGCAGCCUUCAACCUUCAAGGAUUCUCCCCCUCUUGCUGAACAGCCUCCCUGUCCUGCAGAGUGUCAAUCUACUGUUGUUCAGCGAAGAAAGAACGAAAGAAGAAGGAUUCCCCCACCUAAGAGACAGCAGAAGCUUUCUGACCACGUGCUUUUGGUCUCAUCCAAGGAUCGCAGUGUCUCUCCGAGGGCCUUACAAGAAAAAUUGGCCACCACUUUAGUGCCCAAGAAAGUUGGUACUAAAAUUCAGCAAAUCCGGCCUACCCGUGCAAACGAGCUCCUAAUUCGCUGUGCUACUGAGGAGCAUCUUUGUUCCAUUAAAGAUUCUAUCACUUCUCAUUCGGAGCUUUCAGACUUGCUUCACUUACGCACAGCUAAGCCCAUUUCUGAUAAUAUAAUUUUGUUUGGAGUGCCUCCUGAGGCGAAAGCAGAAGACAUUAAAGAGGCUCUUGCUUCAAUCAUACCUCCUGUUAAUAGUAGUGACAUACAGCCCAGAACACCUCUCCAUCGCCCAGAUAAUAAAAACAAUUGGAUUGUUCGCCUGGAUAGGGCCUAUUCUUCACGCUUAGGAUCCAAAGGCAGGGUUUAUAUUGGCUUCUACUCGUGCCAGUUUCGGAGGUACGUUCGGCUACAGCGUUGCUUCAACUGCCAACGUAUUGGACAUCAGAGCAAACAGUGCACUUUUCCACCGGCCUGCGUUCAGUGUUCUGCUGUACACGAACACCCAAUUUCAGACUGUCAAGACACUCCACGUUCAAUAGCUGCCACCAGCCUCUUCAUUCAAACGCAAUAUGAACAGCAAGUCUCGGUAGGACUAAUUCAAGAACCUCACAUUAAUAAUUUUGGCACACUCACUGGUUCCACAGCGCGAAAUAAGAUUUUCUGCUCACACAACUCUUUGGCUGCAAUAGUAUAUAACGGACCUUUAUCACCCACUCUCUGGCAUACUACAGAUCAUACAGUCUCUAUUCUACUAGACACUCUGGAUGCCCAGCUCCUUGUUGUCAACGUUUACUUUCCACCCAGCAAGAAUCUGGAUGCUCUUCUACAUGAAUUAAGUUUCCUAUAUUCCGGUGCAACUCCCAAUAUUUUACUUGGAGGUGACUUUAAUGCCAGCAAUAGAUUAUGGGGUGCACAUUCCGAUAAUGCUCGUUCGACCAUACUGUUGGAUUUCAUCCAUAGCCUUAAUCUAAUAGUCCUAAACUCUCCACACUCUCCGCCGACUUUUGACACCGUCUCAGCGAAAGGAUGGCCUGACAUUACCUUGGCUAGCAUUUCAAUUUCUACUCUCAUUAAUGACUGGGGAGUAGAUUCUAUUGAGACGGUCAGUGAUCACAGAGCGAUCUCCUUUAGCCUGUCCACUCCUUUCUCUGCAAUAGGAAGACUACGUUUUAAAACAAUUUAUGGCGGCCUAAAUAGUUUCAAAACAGCUCUUUUUCCUUGCUUACCUGAACUAAAGCAAUCUUUUGUCAACUGCAAUUUUCAGGAAGAUCUUGAUAAAGCGUAUGAUUCCCUUGUUCUUGCACUACAGAAAGCUUGUCUAACGGCAUUCCCUUUACGCAAAUUCAAGCUUCCACGUAAGGUUUCUUGGUGGACGAAUGAGCUUUCGAUUGAACGUCGCAAACUGCGACGAUUAAGACGACAGGCACAGAGAAUCUUGGAUGCUGAUCAAAGAAUAUCUGCCUUUAUUACCUAUAAGCGCAGUCAGGCAAUCUAUAAAAGACACAUAAAAGAGGCAAAGAAAAUUUCGUGGAGUAAUUUCUGCACACAGUCCCAUGAUACCUUUGGUUCUGCCUUCAAAAUAGCAACCAAUAAAAUUUUUCAUCCUACUGCCCUUCCAGCUGGUCUGUCUCCGGGUGCCUCUUCUACUGCUGACAUAGCCAAGUUCAUACUAUCCUCCUUAUUUCAAGACGAUGAUGCGACAGAGGACACUACACACCAGGCUUCAUUACGUUAUCUUUAUAAUAAUUAUACACCUGGUCAAGAGCCCACUUGUCAACUUCCGACCCUACAGGAAAUCACCAAUAUCAUACGGCAUCUCAAUAUCAAAAAAAGCGCCUGGGCCUGA